AUGAACUCGGGCCCCUUCAGCGGCGCAGUGCGCCUCUACGAGGGGUUUUACGGUGGUUUCGGCGGCGGGCAUGGGCAUGGCUUCGGCCAGCAGCUGGGAGCGUCGACGUCGUCGGUCCUGCUCGACGGCGGGACGGGGGAGCCUGGCGCAGCCGCCGCCCCGGACGUGCUGAAGCGGAAGGGAGGAGGGCGGGAGGAGAAGGCGGCGACGGCCCUCAGGAGCCACAGCGAAGCGGAGCGGCGGCGGAGGGAGAGGAUCAACGCGCACCUCGCCACGCUCCGGAGCAUGGUCCCUUGCACCGACAAGAUGGACAAGGCGGCGCUGCUCGCGGAGGUGAUAAACCACGUGAAGAAGCUCAAGAGCGAGGCGGCGCGGGUGGGCAAGCACUGCCCCGUCCCGUCCGGCGCCGACGAGGUCACCGUCGAGGUCGUCCAGCAGCCGCAAGCGCCACCCCACCACCGCGCCGCCUUCCUCGUCAAGGCGACGCUCAGCUGCGGCGACGGCUGCGCGGACCUCUUCGCCGACGUGAGGCGCGCGCUGCAGCCGCUCGCGCCCAGGGUCGUCGGCUCGGAGGUGACCACGCUGGGCGGCCGCGUCCGACUCACCGUGGUCAUGUCGCGCGAGGGCGCCGUGACCGCGGCCUCGGUCCGCCAGGCGCUCGACUCGGUGCUCGACAGGGUCGCCGGCGCGGCCGCCGCCUUCGAGUUCUCGCCGAGGGACUCGCUCCUGGCCGGCAAACGCCGGAGGGUCUCGACGUUGGACUCCUCCAGCUCCUUGGGUUGA